GUGGCCACGCCCUCUCCUUGGACUCUCAGGUGAACAACUAUUUUACACAGAAACUCGCAGAUCACAGCGAAGGUUAACCAAAGCCCCGUGAAGUCGGACGCGAUCGGUGGACGAAUCUAUUGGUUUCCGGACCAAUUCCGCAUGGGAUCUCUCUGAGAACCGAGCCGACGUCAACCUUCAGAGGAGGUUCAGCGAAGUUUGGAAACAAUAACGUGAAACAGGGGGUUUAGCCGUCUCCUUGGGCGUCUGAACAUAAGAGGCGUUGUAUCGACACAACCAGGAUACAACGAGGGCAGAGAUGGAACAGUACAAUAAUCUGGAUUUAGAAUGUGAAGAAAGUGUCUCUGAAAUAGCUGCACGAUUUGGUGGAAUGCUCAAAAAGUCCUCCAAACGGGAGCCAACGUGCAACUUGGUUGACAUUGAGGGUUCAAACAGCAGUGGCGGUCUGAACGAUAACACAAAGGAGAAAGGGGGCGUGUUUAAAGGAGUUCUGGGGAAAAGCACCAAGUCAGUGAGGGAAGAGACACCUGUACAGGCCAGCCUCCCGGUCCCAAGCCGGGAGCUCUCAUCCAGUAGUGACAGCCUGAACAAAAACCCAUCCAAGGAGAAAACGGGAGUGAUUGGGGGAAUUCUGAAACGAAGCCCAAAACCAGGUCACAGUCGUUCAGAAUCCCAGGACAAUUUCUCAAUGGACGGGGAUUUGAAUGGCAGCAGUGACAGUCUGUCAGAGAACAACAACCCCAAGGAGAAGGGCAGCAAGUUUGGUGCCAUGUUUAAAAAGUCCAACUGGACCAAAGAAGCCAACAGCGCGUCGCAGGAGGACCUGUCUGUUUCUGACGUAUCUAGCCAAAAGUCUGGGAGCUCCGAUAAUCUCUCCGAGGGCAAGGACAGCAAAGAGAAGGGCGGGAUGUUUGGUGGAGUGUUUAAAAAACCAAAGUCCCUGUUCGCCCGGUCUCAGUCGCGGGAGGACCUGACCUCAGAUCUGUCCGUCAGCAGUGACAAUCUCUCAGAGGGGAUUUCCAAGGCCCGCCUCUCUGUCCAGAGCGGUGAUCUUUCAGCCAGUAACGACAGCUUAAACAACAACAAGAAGACCCCCAAGGAGAAAACUGGAUUUUUUGGAGGGAUUCUCAAACAAACCCCUAAACCAGGUCACAGACGAACAGAGUCCCAGGAUCAUCUUUCAUUGGAUGGAGAUUUGAGUAACAGCAAUGACAGUUUGUCAGCUGACAACACUAAGGAGAAGGGCAGUAAGUUUGGCGGGAUGUUUAAAGGCUGGACCAAAGGCGCCAACGACCAGGCUGAGGAGGAUCUGUCUGCGUCCGGGGACUUGAAGGGAAGCGUUGAUAAUCUCUCGGAGGGGAAAGAGGGCAAGGAGAAAGGAGGGCUGUUUAGUGGGGUGUUUAAAAAGAACAAGAGGACCCAGUCCGUGGAGGACCUGACCGCAGACUCUGAGCUGUCCGCCAGCACUGACAAUCUCGCAGAGAAGACUUCCAAGGGCGGUGUUAUGGGCAAGAUCCUGAAGAGUCCAUUCCAGUCCUCCGCCUGGCAGGAGAAGAGCGAGCAGCCUGCUGAUUCCAGUGACGCGCUGCGUGCAGAGGAAACCCGAGCCAGAAAGCAGGAUCGUCUUUCAUUGGAUGGAGAUUUGAGUAACAGCAAUGACAGUUUGUCAGCUGACUGCGCUAAGGAGAAGGGCAGUAAGUUUGGCGGGAUGUUUAAAGGCUGGACCAAAGGCGCCAACGACCAGGCUGAGGAGGAUCUGUCUGCGUCCGGGGACUUGAAGGGCAGCGUUGAUAAUCUCUCGGAGGGGAAAGAGGGCAAGGAGAAAGGGGGGCUGUUUGGUGGGGUGUUUAAAAAGAACAAGAUGACCAAGUCUCGGGAGGACCUGACCGCAGACUCUGAGCUGUCGGCCAGCUCUGACAGGCUCAGAGAGAAGACUGCUAAGAACAGCUCAAACUCUGAUAGUGAAGAGGAAACUACAGACCCUCAAUCUGGUCACAAACAGAAUAAGCUCACAGGUGCCAUGAUGAACCUCAAUCCGUUCUACUUCGCCAACAAGCACUACAAGCACCCCGGUUCUGACGAGGAGCCGACCGCUGACGAGAAGACCUCCAGCAACAAACAGAGCUCCGUGGCGGGUGCCAUGGCGAUGAUGAAUCCAUUCCGUUCGGCAACUAAAAAGGACGUUGGCCAAGCAGAGAACAACAAGGAAGUGGAACAGCAAGGAGAAGAGAAAUCAAAACUGGUCAAGAGCGGUCCCUACCCCCGGGAGAGAAUGGACCGAUCCGGAGCGAAGUCCGGCCCCGUGAAACCAGCCAAGGAGAACCAAUCAGAUGAUGAGGUACUGACCGACCGUGAAGAAGGACGCUCUGUCGGGGGUGAGGACGCCAAAUCGUCGGGCACCAAAGCAGCCAAGAUGAAAAAACCAAAGCGCCACAAUCCGUUUAUGCCACGUGUUUCUGACCAGGCCCCAUCGGACGAUGAAGGCCUGAACGAAGACGAGCCCUUGAACACAGAAGAAGGGAUUGCGGUGGAGGAAGGCAACGGGCAGGAAGUGGGGACCAAACCCAAGAAAACGAAGAAGCACAAUCCCUUCCUACCCCGGGUCAAGGUUCGACCAAAGAAGAACCCACAGGAUGAGCCGACUGCGACUGACAAUGCACCUGGGAAUGAAAGGUCUCUGUUUGACCGCCUGGAAGACUUCCGGAUCGGUCCAGACGAAUCGAAUGAUCAGGACGUGGAGGGUCUCAUGGAAUGGUGGAGCACGGUGGAACAAUGGGAGGACAUGCCCAAAGAGGAUGACAUGACGGAGAAGGAAGAAGCCAAGGCGUUCGCGCUGACGGCGGAGAAGGUGCAGAGGGGCAUCCGGGUGUUCAACAAGCUGUUCACGGAGCGCGCCGAGAGCCUGUGGCAGCACGUCCUGGACCUCAACGCCAUCGCCGACAACCUGGACCGCUUCAACAAGAAGACCAAGAUCGCCCAGAUCACGGGCGGCUCCACCAGCGCGCUGGGGGGCGUGGCCACCAUCGCCGGGCUGGCCCUGGCGCCCGUCACCUUCGGGACGUCGCUGAUCAUCACGGCGGUGGGGCUGGGCGUGGCCACGGCGGGCGGCCUCACCUCGGCCGGCGCCGGCAUCUCCAACCAGGUCAACAACUCGCUGGACCGCAAGAAGGUGGAGAAGAUCGUGGAGGACUACCAGGAGAAGAUGGCCGACAUCAACAAGUGCAUGACCUUCAUCAAGCAGGGGAUCGAGAACCUGCGCCGGUUCGACCUGCUCAAGAUGCGCAAGCACGCCUACAACCGCGACUUCCCGGCGCUGAACAACAUCUACGAGGACGGCGCCAUGCUGGGCAAGGCCAUCCUCAUCAACGCCAACGAGAUCAUGCGCGUGGUGCAGAUCGCCAACGUGGCGGGCAGCACGGCCGCCCGGGCGGUGCAGAUCGCCAGCAUGGCCACGGGCGUGCUCACCGGGCUCUUCGUGGGCAUGGACAUCUACUUUGUGGCCAAGGACUCCAAGGAGCUCAAGAAGGGCGCCAAGUCGGAGUUUGCCGCCAAGAUCCGGGAGGUGGCGGUCCAGCUCCACGAGGGACUGGUGGAGCUGAACGGGAUCCGGGACGAGCUGCAGUCCACCGCCAGCCACGAGGACCCCGAGGCCGUCCGGGAUCUGAACAAACCCGAGGGGGGGGAGGAGGAGGAGGAGAGGAAACCGGACGAGGAGGAGGAGAAGAAGAAACCGGACGAGGAGAAACCGGACGAGGAUUCGGAAGAAGAUGAAAUCGACCGGAUCAAAAAGGCGAUCAAAAAGGAUUACGAGAGCAGGGAGUAUGUUUGACUUCCAGAACUUCCCGAACCUCACAUUAUUACAUUAAUGGAUGCAUUUAAGUUCUUCAUUGACUUCAUUCUUCAAGAUUUUCAUUAGGACACUUUAAACAUUUGAAUGACCAUCGUUUUGGUAAGUGGGUUUUACUUUAGGUGGUUUAACGCUCGAACCUGCUUGCGCCUUGUGAAGAUAUGCCAAUAAUACUGUCAGCAUAGCUGAGGCCGGAUAUGCAAUAAGAAGAUGAGCAACUAGAGUCUGGAGUCUUGCCUAUUGGGACGUCAUCCAAGCCUUAAUUGUUUUGAUGAUUGUUUAUGGAAAUUUAACCUUCUUUUUUUAAAUAUGGACCAUGCAAAUAUGGAUUUUAGAUCAAAUGUGUUUUAUACUUUGUGACGUAAGGUUUCGACUUUGACCUUGUAUGCUGCUAACUACUUUGCAAAGAAAUUUACUUUUAACGGGUCUAUGGGUAUCUAGUUUAUAUUUUAUUUACGAACCUCUAAUGGAGUAUUUGUACUGGGUGUAGCGCCUUCAUUAUUUAUGUCUUUGAUAUAUUUAUAAUAAAACGUGAACAUAUUAAUAAUUGUAGAUCUUUUGUUGGUGUCAAAACUGCUAUGCAAGAAAAUCAUCCAUGCUUGAUAUGAAGGACAAAUGACUGUCAGUAUCCAUGAUGGUACCUCCCUGUAUUCACUCCAAAACACACUUCAACACUGUGCACCUUUUCUAAACACUGUACAGAACAUAAAAGAAACAAGACAUCUCCCACUUCCUUCACAGAAGAUUUAGCUGAUUUCCCUUCAUGAACUUUGAAAAAGAGACCAGCCUGUUAAAAGAGCAGUACUCUUUAAUGAAGUACUACUUAUGAUCAAUAACAGCAAUCUAAAUAUCCAUUAUCUAUAUCAUUCUCAUUGAGGACUGCAUUUAACUAUUUUGGUCUUGAUGUAAAACACGUGAAAGGUCACUGUAUGUAAUGUAUUUAUUGUUUAUACAUUUCCAGGAAUAAAAAAUAAUAUCUACGUUU